AUAAUAGUAAGCUUUUUUAGAGAUAUAAAAUACAUGGAAUUUUAAGUACUGGAUACUUUUUGUCUGAUACAGAAAGCAUGCUUAAGAUUAUUUUUUUUUUAUUAAUUCUGUAUAAAUUUCAUUGAUAUUGCUAAGAAGAUGAUUGCAGGACGGAAAAUGGUUUAGCCAAAAAAUGAUAUUCACAAGAAAUUAAGUCCUACUUCUUAAUCUGUGUUUGCUUUAAAUACCUGGAACAAGUUGUUUUGAGCCAAAUUGUUAUAAAAUUGUAAAAUUUGAAUCAGUGGUUUUCUCAUUUGACAGUGUUGUAGAUGGUUGUAAUUGAAAUCAAAUUGUAUGGACUGAUUGUUGUAUAUUAUCUGAACAGUCUUGAAGCUUACAAAAAGGCAGCAUAAAAAACAGUAAAGAAAUAAGAUAAGGACUGUUGUGAAAUCACAAGUAAAGAGUAACACAAAAAGUAGUAGAACUUGCAAAGCAGUUGUCAAAAGUAUGUGAUAUUUGUUGUCCUUGGAUACUUACCUGUGCUUGGGCUUAUCAGCAUCCAGGAGUUUGACAGAAACAACUUGAGGUUGUGAAUGAUACACACCCAGUGUGUGCUCAUUUACUAAUGAGUCCUGUAUGCUAUAGGGGAAGGUGGUUUAUCAUGGUUAUACAUCAUACCUGUUAGAAAAGUGGUGCACGUAAAAUUUUAAGAAAAUAUACUGAAAUAAUAAUAAACAAAAAAAGGGGAAACAAUCCAGAAAUUCUGAAAGAAGGAAUAUUUGUAUGUGACACAAUGGUGUGAUUAAGGGUUUUUAUCAUAAAGGGAGAGAAAGAAUUGCAUUUUUGCUUGUUAUACAACGGUUAAUAAUUAUAAGGGAUUAAGAUAUGAAGAAGGCGUGGUCUCAGCUGCGGACACAGCUUUGGGAGUGGCAGGACUCUGUGGAGCAGGACUCCAGUAUUGUCGGCAUGGCAGACUUUCGGAUACCCAACUUCAAAUUCUCAGAGUUGCAGGAGGCAAUGUCAAUGAGAGUGAAUUCGCAAGGCAGCUAUAAUGUGCAGGCGUCCGAGAUGGCGCACUUUCCGGCCGACCGCACCCCCAAGGUCAUCACAUGCAUUGUACACUUCCUAGACGACUCACACCAAACAUUUGAAGUUGAUAAGCGUUCUAAGGCGCAGCACCUGCUGGACAAGGUGUUUGACCAUCUGGAGCUCAUUGAGAAGGACUACUUCGGGCUGCAGUUCCUUGACCUUGCUCCAGACCCAGACAUAGCCAGGGAUAAAAUGGUUGAAGAAACAUAUGAAAACGUGAUAAAAUUGCCAGAACAGAGGUGGCUGGAUCCGUUGAAGACAAUCAAGAAACAAUGUAGAGGUCCAGGAUAUGAGUUUUUCUUCCGUGUGAAGUUUUAUGUCACCGACCCUAGCAAACUAACAGAAGAAUACACAAGGUACCACUUUUUCCUGCAAGUGAAGAAGGACAUCCUUGAAGGUCGUCUCCAUUGCCCUCACACCACCGCUGCACUGCUCGCCAGCUACGCUGUACAGUCUGAACUUGGUGACUUUAACCCAGAUGAUCAUGUGGAUGGCUAUCUCUCGGACCUCCGGUUUAUCCCCAACCAGACAGAUGACUUCGAAAAAGAUGUCAACAAACACCAUCAGUCGCACAGGGGUCAGACCCCGGCUGAUGCAGAGUUUAACUACCUGGAUAAGGCGAAACGGCUGGAGAUGUAUGGGGUAGAUCUACACAAAGCUCGGGUUUUGCCAAUGUUCGUAGAUGAGGUUCUACCUCACAGAUUUGGAAAGGACCAGAGCAACUUGGAAAUCCACCUAGGCGUCACCUCUGUUGGCCUUGUCGUCUUUCAGAACAACAUGAAAAUAAACACAUUCCCCUGGUCUAAAAUAGUGAAAAUCUCCUUUAAAAGGAAACAGUUCUUUAUUCAGUUAAGAAGAGAGCAGGUAAUAUUGGGGUUUCCUACAGCUGCAAAGAAUGAUGCAGUGGAAAACUUGAUAGGAUUUAAUAUGGUCAGUUACCGCUCGUGUAAGAACAUGUGGAAAUCGUGCGUGGAGCAUCACACAUUCUUCCGUCUACACACUCCAAACCCACACCAGAAAAAGAUCUUCUCCAUAGGAUCCAAGUUUAGAUAUAGUGGUAGAACAGAGUUUCAAACUAUAGAGGAGUCGAAACGCCGUGCCAAACUUGAGCGUUCUUUUACCAGACAUUCCACGUCUCCCGUCAUCACUCAUGGCUUAUCAUACAGCCAGCGCAGACAUGAUAUCCGAUCACCUAGCAAGCGUUACAGUAGACAAACUAUAGGACCUUGUCAGCGGAAUAUGAUCAUUAAAAACUCUAUAGACGGGUAUAAAAAUGCGCCCAUAUCUAAGUCACAGACAUUCUCGGGAGUUCCCCAGUCUCCUGAGUCUGGCGGUUUUAAUCGAUCUGACGGCCAGCACCCUAACCACCAGCGAGCGACAUUACCGCACGAUUAUAAGAUGGGUUCAUCUUCCCGUACAUCCCUACACUCAGACAAAUCUAAUGAUGAGGCUGGUUUUCUUUCGACGCACAAUGCGAAGGCGUACCCAGCGCCGUUUCCCGUUGCAGGGAAGAUGGGGCACGGGAAGGCGAACGGCGGGCCAGUUACCGAUAGCAACCAUAACAAUAGCAACACAAACUGUGAUAACCUCUACAAUGAUGUCAUGCCGAGCUCAAAUGGUUACCUUGAUGGACAGGGUUUGGUUACCAUCCGGAUGAUGCCCGAUGACCAGGGACGAUUUGGCUUCAAUGUCAAGGGUGGGGCUGACCAGGGCAUGCCCAUUAUUGUGUCUAGGGUGGCGCCCAACACGCCCGCAGACAACGCUGACCCACGGCUGAAUGAGGGUGACCAGGUGCUAUAUAUAAACGGGCGGGAUGUCUCCCAACACACACAUGAACAGGUUGUGAAAUUUAUAAGGCUAUCGCGGGAGACGCGCACCAAAGAGCUAAAUCUGAUCGUUCGUCCCAAUGCUUACAUGACGGACGAUGCUUCAGAUGACCAGCCAGAGGAGUUUGUGUAUGACCCGGAGUCGUACCUCAUCACUAACAAUAGUGGCGGUAAUGCCCUCGACAACUCCCUACAUCUACUGGAGGAGAGCCUCGAAAGUGGUGCUGCGCUUGCUCAAUUUGAACAACUGUACAGGAAGAAGCCAGGGAUGACGAUGAAUGUGGCCCGUAGCGUGGCCAAUGUACCAAAGAACAGAUAUCGGGACAUCUCCCCAUAUGAUCAGACAAGGGUGCUGAUAAAGAGUGGCCCUAACGGAGAUUACAUCAAUGCCAAUUAUGUAAAUAUGGAGAUCCCUGUGUCUGGGAUUGUGAACCGGUACAUUGCGGCGCAGGGCCCGCUACCGACGACGUGUGUUGACUUCUGGCAGAUGGUGUGGGAGCAGCACUCAUCACUGGUCGUCAUGUUGACGACAGAGGUGGAGAAGGGGCGUAUCAAGUGUCAUCAGUACUGGCCCGGGCUGUACGAGACCUCAGACUUCGGCCAUCUCCAGAUCACUUGUGUGAAGGAGGAGAAGUCACCCUCGUUUGCAUUUAGGGAGUUCAACCUUACAAACGUCGAGUCAGAAGAGGAGCGUCACAUAUCGCAUAUGCAAUAUAUAUCGUGGCCUGACCACGGUGUGCCUGACGAUCCUGCAGACUUCCUCGACUUUGUUGUGAAGGUGCGACAAAAACGUGUGGGAGUUGUGGAGCCAUCUGUCGUACAUUGCAGUGCGGGUAUUGGGCGGACGGGUGUGUUGAUCACCAUGGAGACGGCCAUGUGUCUGAUUGAGGCAAACCAGCCCGUGUUCCCUCUUUCCAUUGUGCGCCAGAUGAGGGACCAGCGAGCCAUGCUUAUACAGACUCCCAACCAGUACAAAUUCGUGUGUGAAGCAAUCAUUAGGUGUUUUAGUGAACGGAUAGUGGAACCUUUGCCCGAGUAUCAGCAGAGAUGAUAGUGAAUGGCGGCCUUUAUGGUAACUGCUGUCUGACUUGUACCAAGCAUUGACAUCACGCCACAGUGCUUCUUGCCCCACCCACCAUUCCCUGCAGUGACUCAGCAUUUCGUAUGGGGACUUUUUCAUCCUCCUCUUGAAGAGCAAAGGGAAUGGUAUAAAGCCUUGAUGGGAGAUUUUUCAUCUGGAUGGGAUGUCAACUCUAGUGCUUAGGAUAUGGACCUAUGUGUUGUGUAUUACAGAACUAACAAACUUUAUCAUUAUGUAAAGUUGACGGUGUGUAGACGGGACUUGCGUACCUUCCAGGCGUACUUGGGACUCGGGGUACUCGGCCUCUCGCUGACCGACCGGGCAGUUGUGAUAAUUCAACAUUUGCUUACAUCACCAUGUAUACAUUUAUUUUGCUGUUACUGAAAUGUUGGGAGAUGAUCUGAGAUUCUUUAUCAAUAUAAUUGUAACUGUUGCUUUGUCAAAAUGAUAUUUGCACAGAUUAUUUCUUUGGAAACUGUGCAAAGAAUUAUAGAGUUUAUAAUGAAAUAUAUUCUUGUAUUUAUAUACUUUAACAGACAUAGUGCAAUAAUGUUUUAAUUUGUAUCGCAGUCUUGAUUGAUCUGUGAAAAAGAGUAAAGAAUAUACAAUCUACCUUCAAUGCUAUCUGAUAUGUAAAACCAACUAGAAAAACUAAGUUCUAUCUCAAUGAAAGAAUUUUGAAAACUAUUAAGUUAUUGUCUCGGGAUAAGUGCCAAGAAGGCCAGUUUUCAUCUGAAACAGAAAUUGCAGCAAGUUUUUCCUUUAAGUUUAUUUGUUAAGUCUGAGAAAUACUGACCAACAUUUUCCGUACAUUCGUGGUCAGUGUCAUUGUGUAAUGAUCAUUACACUGUUUUUCAUGUUCUGUGUUAUUUAGUUGUAUGUAGCCUUUCUGUGAUUGUACUUUAUUUUCUGAUUCCAUUUGUUAUUUAUUUAACUCAUUCAUUAAGAACUGUACUGUAUUUAAAAUGUCUUUCUCUGUUCCAACAUAUACAAACAGAAUUUCUGAAUUAAUUAGUUCAUACUAUAAUAUUCUUGGUAUACUUAACACUUAAACUUCUUUUUUCCAUAACUUCAAACGAAGAUAUUCACAAGGAUCCCAAUGGUUUACUUGUGGGAAGCAAGGCAUAUUACUCUGGUUUAAAUAAGCCUCAAGUUUUACCCCAUUGGGGAAACAGUUUUUACAGCCUGCAUUAUUUGGCCUACUUUAUUUUUCUGACAUUCUUUUGCCAUUCCCUGUCUCCAUUGGCGUCAAUUGUAUCCAAUUAUGGAAACUCGAUCCAACCUGUCAGUUUCAACUUAUUUAAUAUUUUGUAAAAGUAUUUCAGUAUAUAUAUGUUCAAAAAUCACUCACAGGAAAUUUCAUGCAAAUAUGUGUAUGGAUAUGUGUAUGGAAAAGCCAUCAGUUAAAAAAAAUAGUCAACAGUUUUUUUUAUGUACUUAACCGUAUAUGAAUUGCGGGGACAUGGCAUUGAUGAUUGGCUACCACUGGACACCUUUCAAAAUGGAAAGAUAUAAUAUAGUGACACAAGUAACAAAAUGCCAAUAAACCCAUUUUGUAUGUUGACAAUUUUAUAGUUUCUGUAAAAAAAAUCAUUCCUGUUGUUAAAAUUGUUUGAUCAAAACAGUUGAACAGGGCUGAUAAAAAUUUGUUUUACAAAUGUAUUUUACACUGCAUUUUAAUUUAUAAAUCAUUAAAUAGGGAGCAUAGCAUGCUCUUCUCAUUGUAACAUAGAUCAUCAUAUCAUUCUACCCCACAUGGUAUAAAGAUUAGUAACUAUAUAUUAAUAUUGUAUAUUGUACAUAAUGGUGAACAUAUUUCAUGAAAGUUAAUAUAACUGUGACUGGUAGACUGUAAAUUGUCAUGUACGAAUGAAGUGAUUGUUAUUUUAUCUGUCUGCAUAUUUGGCAAUAUUAAAAUCUGAUAUGAAACCCA